ACAGUAUUGGAGCAGCAGCAGCAGCUGACUUGAUCGUUGAUGCUAAUCAGCAUAUUUGAAUCUGAGAGUAACUAGAGCUGACUACACUCUAAAAAUUAAGGGUUCAACUGGAGUUGUUCUCAGAUCCCCUAAGAACCGUAGGGUUCCAAAAGGUUCUUCAAAUGACUUGUUAGAAGGUGGGUUCAUCGAGGAACCUCCGUUGUUGCUGGACUUCUUCCGGAAACUUCGCAAUUACAACUUAAAACGCUGGUGGCAAGUUUGGAUGUGACAACAAUUAAAAAGGACAGAACAUGGACACAAUGCAAUUGGGAUCAAGAAGAUGUUCUCAGAAAUGAAUCAAUUCCAUGGAAUGGAUAUAGACAAAAAGAGAAUUCAAGGACUAGCAGAGGUAGAGAGGUGAGGCAGGGGUGAGGACAUCAUCCUGCUAUUUUGACAGUCCCUGAAGGACAAUACAGAAGAGGACUGGAGACCACAGCAGCGAUUCUGCUCUUGCCCUACCUCUUCAAUGAGGACCCGAGUGUCCUUUAUGUCCUUGACAAUGUAUCAUCUGUUUCUUCAUAAACAUAGGUGUGCAUGCUUAUAUAAAACUACAGCUGAACAUUUGUUCUGUUCUUUGUUAAUUGUAUAUAAUCUGUAUUAAUCUUUUUUUACUUUUGUUGACACCGAUUUCACCGCUCUUCACUCCUUUACUGCACAUCGGCGGAAAUCCAUUUCACUAUGAGAGUGAAAUCCCGCUGACCUUUGAUGGGGAGAACAUCCAUGCCCUUGAGGACGUUCUCAUGGGACUUGGGGAUCUGCUAGGGCUGUAUUAUUUAUUUCCCCAAAAUGUCAGAAAAACACUUAUGUUGUUUUUAAGUUACUGUGUUCUGGGGAUAAGAGAAGUUGGGGUGAAGUUACCAGGGCUGGUCAUAAUGAUGGCAAACUCCCUAACAUAACUAAGUGGAUAGGAUAUACACACUAAAGCUGAAAAAUCUAUAUUUAGCAUCAAGUCUACAAUAUUGUUAGUUUACCUAUGAUUCAUUUUGAAUGUAUGUUGUUUUUAUUGUACAUCAUAAUUUUUUAAUUUGUUGUAAAUGUCAUGAAAAGCACUAUACAAAGUAAAUGUAGUAUUUAUUAUGGUCUGCAGAAAUGUUGCAAUUUUGUAAUGUGUUUUGUAAAUAAUAAUUCACAUUUGUGGUGCCACUAAAUUAACAAUGGAUUAUUUAAAUCAAUAUUGUUAUUAUUAUUAAAACAUUUUUUCAUAAUGAGGAAGGGUGGACAGGGGGUUUAAAAAAAAUAACCCCAAAAGCUUAUUCGAGGAACUUAUAGGGGUUCCCACUAAAUGUUAUUCAAAUUACUUUUAGUGGUUCCCCCACAGUUUCAAUUUGAAGAACCCUGAAAGGAUACUCCAGUAACCUUUACUUUUUACAGUGUAUAUUGAUAAAAGUCACCUUGUCCGAGAGACAUUUACAUAGUCAUCCCAUAUUGGGCUGUGUAUAACUAUUUUGGGGCGAAAUAGUACAUUUUUACACUAUAAUAAAUGUUUCUGAUGCCACAUCGCCCGUUUUCAAAGGGAGUCGUUGGUUUUUAAGGGCAGUCGCUUUUUAGCUUUUUGUCCUUAAUUUUUUUCUCAACUGUGAUACCAACUCCAGUCAGCAGAUGGCGAUGUGCGUCUUUCAGGUGAUUCUGCCACUGGGACGUAUAAUCUAGUGGACGGAACGCUUCUUCAACAACAACAGCUAGUCAGACACCUUGGUACCUUGCUAGGCAAAACAGCCGAAACAUUGAAGUUAUUUGGACUGUGUCGGUGUAUAGCCACUGUGUAAUUACCAGCAUGAUAUCGUAUAUACUUUUCAUUUCAUAUUUAAGUUGUUGUUAGUCAGCUAAUUUAGUUGGCUUGAUAAAUUAGCCUAGCACUACGCUAAUGCUAGCUAGCUAUUAUCCCCUACCAUGAGUUGCUCACUAAACUUCUCCCCUCCUGCUAAAGAAGAUGGAGCCUGCUGGACUGAGAAAGAAGCUCUGGGGCUGAACGUUUUCGUGAAAGAGGAGGAUGUCACAGUAAAACAAGAAGUAGAGGGUGAGGUUGUUACCGUGAAAGAAGAAGAGAAAGAAGUUACAGUGAAAGAAGAGGAAGACGUGUUCAGAGUGAAGGAGGAGGAGGAUGUUACAGUAAAAGGGGAGAAAGAGGAGGAUGUAGUUUUUGAAGGGAAGGAGGAGGAGGAGACAGAAGGAGAGAGACGGGCCUAUCGUGGAUCCUCUGGGGAGCCUCAACAACAUCAUGAUGCUGACGAGGCAGAGAAGAGUCUCUCCACAUCAGGACACCUCAAGAAACACCAUCAGAGACCCACAGGAAAGAAACCCCACUGCUGCUCUGACUGUGGGAAACGUUUCAAAUCUUCAUCAGAACUUAAAAAACACCAGAGAAUUCACACAGGAGAGAAGCCUUAUAGCUGUGAUCAGUGUGGCAAGAGUUUUACUCAGUCAAGCCACCUGGUAUCACACCAGAGAACACACACAGGAGAGAAGCCUUAUAGCUGUGAUCAGUGUGGCAAGGGUUUUACCCAGUCAACCAACCUGGUAUCACACCAGAGAACACACACAGGAGAGCAGCCAUAUAGCUGUGAGCAAUGUGGGAAAAACUUUUCGCGGAGAGAACACCUUAAAGAGCACCAGAGAACACACACAGGAGAGAAACCUUAUAGUUGUGAUCAAUGUGGGAAAAGCUUUUCUCAGAUAGAACACCUUAAAGGACACCAGAGAACACACACAGGAGAGAAGCCUUAUAGCUGUGAUGUAUGUGCAGAUAGUUUUACUACAUCAAGCCAGCUGGUAGUACACCAGCGAGUACACACAGGAGAGAAACCUUAUAGCUGUAGUCAGUGUGGGAAGAGUUUUACUCAGUCAAACAGCCUGAAAUCACACCAGAGAACACACACAGGAGAUAAACCUUAUAGCUGUGAUCAAUGUGACAAGAGAUACUCUCAUUCAAGUGGUCUGAUUAAACAUCAGAAAAUACAUGCAGGAGAUCCACAGAGUGUAGAAUGAUCUCCAACACCAGACCUGGGUAGUAGAACACAGAGUGUAGAAUAAUCUCCAACACCAGACCUGGUUGUAGAACACAGAAUGUGGAAUGAUCUCCAACACCAAACCUCUAUACAUCAAAUCACAUUUUAUUUAAUAAUAAUUUGGCACAUACACUUGUUUAGCAGAUGUUAUUGCGGGUGUAGCGAAACGCUUGUGUUUCUAGCUCCAACAGUCCAGUAAUAUCUAACAAGUAAUAUCUAACAAUACACACAAUCUAAAGGA